AUGCCUAAGAACAGCAAGGUGACACAGCGCGAGCAGAGCCAUGAGCACGUCACAGAGUCGGUGGCUGACCUGCUCGCACACGAGGAGCCGCUCGACUACAAGAGCAGCUCCCUGAACGUUGGAGGGGCCGCUGGGAAGAAAGUCCCACAGAUAGAGGUGCCCGAAAACGAUGGACGCCCUGCCUGGAACAGCAAACUCCAGUACAUCCUGGCCCAGGUGGGCUUCUCCGUGGGCCUGGGCAACGUAUGGCGCUUCCCUUACCUGUGCCAAAAGAAUGGAGGAGGUGCCUAUCUGGUUCCCUAUUUCAUCCUCCUCCUCAUUAUUGGGAUCCCGCUCUUCUUCUUGGAGCUGGCGGUGGGUCAGAAGAUCCGACGUGGGAGCAUCGGGGUGUGGAACUACGUCUGUCCCCGUCUGGGGGGGAUAGGGGCGUCAAGUCUGAUGGUAUGUGGCUUUGUGGGUCUCUACUACAAUGUGAUCAUUGGUUGGAGCAUCUUCUACUUUUUCCAGUCCUUUCAGUAUCCUCUGCCAUGGAGCGACUGCCCAAUCAGAAAGAAUGGGACACUUGCUAUUGUGGAGCCAGAGUGUGACAAAAGCUCGGCUACGACUUAUUUCUGGUACCGUCAGACUCUGAACACGACCAGCACCAUCGCAGAGAGCGGCGGCCUCAACGUCAAGAUGACCCUGUCGCUGUUCGUGGCCUGGAUCAUAGUCUGUCUCGCCGUCAUUAAAGGCAUUGCCUCCUCUGGGAAGGUGAUGUACUUCAGCUCUCUCUUCCCCUAUGUGGUGCUCUUCUGUUUCCUGGUCAGGGGGUUAAUGUUGAAGGGAUCGGUGGAUGGUAUCGCUCACAUGUUCACUCCCAAGCUGGAGAAGAUGUUGGAGCCCCAGGUGUGGAGGGAGGCAGCCACACAGGUUUUCUUCGCCCUGGGUCUGGGCUUUGGAGGAGUCAUAGCUUUCUCCAGUUACAAUAAAAUAGACAACAACUGUCACUUUGACGCUGUGCUCGUUUCUUUCAUCAACUUCUUCACCUCCAUUCUGGCCACGCUGGUGGUAUUCGCUGUGCUGGGCUUCAAGGCCAACAUCAUGAAUGAAAAGUGUGUUGUCGAGAAUGCAGAGAAGAUCCUGGGAUAUCUCAACUCAAACGUCCUGAGUCACGAUCUCAUCCCUCCACAUGUGAACUUCUCCCAUCUCUCCACAUCCGACUAUGCUGAGAUGUACGGGGUCAUCAAGACGGUCAAAGAGGGCAGCUUCGCCCAGCUGGGUCUGGACCCUUGUGUCCUGGAGGACGAGCUCAACAAGGCUGUCCAGGGCACCGGCCUGGCUUUCAUCGCCUUCACAGAAGCUAUGACCCAUUUCCCAGCGUCUCCGUUCUGGUCUGUCAUGUUCUUCUUCAUGCUGAUUAACCUCGGUUUGGGCAGCAUGAUCGGCACCAUGACCGGCAUCACCACACCUGUCCUCGACACCUACAAAGUCCAGAAGGAGCUUUUCACAGUGUGUUGCUGCAUCGUGGCCUUCCUGUGUGGCCUGUUGUUCGUUCAGCGCUCAGGGAAUUACUUUGUCACCAUGUUUGAUGAUUAUUCUGCUGGUCUACCUCUCACUGUAGUGGUCAUCCUGGAAAAUCUGUCUGUCGCUUGGAUUUACGGCACUAAAAGGUUCAUGCAGGACCUGGAGGACAUGUUGGGUUUCCGACCGUGCAUGAUCUAUUUCUACUUGUGGAAGUACGUGUCCCCUCUCUGUCUCAUCGUUCUCAUCUCAGCCAGUGUAAUAGAGAUGGCCAUCAGCCCACCAGGAUACAACGCCUGGGUCCAAGAGCUGGCUCAGGAACGCUUCCAGAGCUACCCUCCAUGGGCACUAGCCAUGUGCUUUGCUCUCAUCGCGGUGGCCAUGCUUCCUCUCCCUAUCGUCUUUAUCGCCCGUCACUUCAACCUGAUCUCAGACGGUUCCAACAAGCUGUCUGUCUCCUACCGUAAAACCAUGAUGAAGGACAUGUCCAACCUGGAGGAGCAGGACGAGGCCAGAUUCAUCCUGGGCGCCAAGCCCGGUGAGGUGCCGUCAUCCGUGGCAGGACGCAAAGCUUACCUCACUCCUGGAGGGAACAAGCCCCUCGACCCCAACUCCCUGUCUCCGAAAAGCUGCUACGGUACAGGUUACCAAAACGCUGCCAUCAGCCCCACCACGCCAACAACACCGACCACGCCUAUCACACCAGAGUCUGACUCCUGA